AUGAACAAUAGUUUCUGCCAGGCCCUGGUGGACCGGAGGCCCAUGGCGUCCCCCGGCUGCAUGCAGCUGGGUAUCGUGGCCCCUCCUCGGCAGGCGCCCCUGCUCCCCGCCGAGCCCGUGGGCAACUCGCCCUUCCUGCUGUACCCCGGUCACGCCGAGCCGCAGUACCACGACGCCUACACGGAGGUGUUCCCCUUCGUGGCCUUCCCCAGCGCCUUCGGCGUUUACGACUACCCCUUCGAGCCUGCCUUCAUCCAGAAGCGCAACGAGCGUGAGCGGCAGCGCGUCAAGUGCGUCAACGAGGGCUACGCGCGCCUCCGCGGCCACCUACCCGGAGCCCUGGCGGAGAAGCGGCUCAGCAAAGUGCAGACGCUGCGCGCUGCUAUCCGCUACAUUAAGUACCUGCAGGAGCUGCUAAGCGCGGCCCCAGACAGCGCGGCGCCCGUUGCCGCCCGCAGGCUCCCGGGCGCCGGGCUUGCUCCCACGCCGCCCGCAGGGCCCCCGCUGGACUGCCCCUGCGACGGCGAGGCCCGGGCGCCCCCCUUCCUGGUGCCCGAAUCUUCCGAGUCCUGCUUCUUCUCUCCUUUCUUCCAGUCGGAGAAAUCUUGUCAUUGAUCGGCCCUGUCGCCGCCACCGGCUCGGGGGAUCCGCAGGUCCCUUUCCACUCCGGGGCGCAGCCUGGGGGCUGCUGGGUCACCCCAUGGUCCAGCGCAGGCAGCCGGCCCUUGGCAGCGUGGGGCACUCCCUUGUCUGCAAUACCUCCUGCUUCGCCCACCACCAGCCUCAUCCCUUCCAACUUGGGGCGGAGUGCAGGGCAGGGAGUACGCGUGGCCCAACAGAGACCGGAGGAAACUCGUGGUACAGUGAGGGGCAGGGCCUGGAAAAGCUCCGAGUGGGCGCUGCACCUCUCUAGGCUGCUGGAGGCCUCGGGCCAGCCAUCCCUGGGUGCAGCGCUGUGUCUGCGAGUUCCCAGAAGGCGAGCGGAGCCGAGCGUGGACCGCUCUCUGGUUCGGAUGCGCCAUGCCCCGGCUCUCCACGAGAUGGCCUCAAAUACCAGCGUUCUGUUGGGCGCUUGCUUGCCCCUCGGGAAGGGAACCUGGAAGGAGGGUAGGAGACGGGGCUGCUGCUUGAGCUCAGCCCAGACCAAACCGACGGACUUGGGAAGUGGCUAUGCGUGCGCAGUGGUGGCGCUCUCUGGCUUCCUCUGCACCCCUCGCCCCUACCAUGUGGCCUUCUCGAUUAUCCCAAGUUGGGUGGGGCCUGUUUUUUUCCCCCUCACGCUG